GUCAUCGAACAAUAUGGAACCACAGCAAAACGGUAUUGCAGCUGAUAAGGAAUUGCCACAAUGGUUGGACAAUGUUACCUUGGAGAAGGCAAUCAGGCAACAAAUAGGAGACUACAAAAAUAUUUUAGAAAUUAAAACCGAAAAUAGUUCGAAAGAAGGUGAAAAUUAUUCUUCACUUAUGAUGCGUAUUAAAGCUGAUGUUGAAAUGGAGGAUGGCAGUAAAAAGACGGCUUCAUUUAUUCUGAAGACCCAACAUUCCAAUGAAAUGAUGGCAAGAAUUCUAAACAUGCUGAGACUGUUCCCCAAGGAAGAGGAAAUUUAUCAUAAAAUUCUACCAAAAUUUGAACAACUCUAUAAGGAAGCUGGUAAAUCUGUUCAAUUUGCCCCAAAUUCGUAUACAUUUGAUCGUGAUAUAGGUGUAGAUUAUGUUUUGCUGGAAGAUCUACAUGUAAAGAAAUUUAAAAAUGCCAAUCGUUUGGAGGGUCUUGAUAUGGAUCAUGUUAAGGAGGUUCUAAUUAAAAUGGCUGAGUUUCAUGCUGCAUCAGCAUGUUAUGUUGAACAUUAUGGAAUGUUUGGUGAAGAUUUUACAGUGGGCAUAUUUAGUGAGAAAAAUAAGGAAUUAUUGAAGGAGUUUAAUGCUUCGGCUGCAUUUUUGAGUCAGCUAAAGAAAUGGAAAAAUUGCCAACAAUAUUAUGAGAAAUUGGCUGACAGUGAUGAGUUUUUGGUAGAUCGCCUGUUGGAAGAUCAAAAGGUAAAUCCUCGUGAAUUUAAUGUUUUAAAUCACGGUGAUUGUUGGUCAAAUAACAUAAUGUUUCAAUACGAUGCAUUCGGUAAAAUAAAAAAUACCUUAUUUGUGGACUUUCAAGUCGGCAAAUAUGGUUCACCAGCCAAUGAUCUGUAUUAUUUUAUAUUAUCAUCCGCCAAAAAGGAUAUAAAACUUACACAAUUCGACUACAUGAUACGUUUCUAUUAUGAACAUUUGGUGGAGAAUUUGAAACUUUUACAAUAUCAUCGUCCCUUGCCGAAAUUGAAAAAUAUUCAUAUUGCUCUAAUGAAUAAUGGUUUAGCGGCUUAUAUGGUUGUUUCUAAGGUCUUGCCUGUUGUUAUUUUGGAAAAGACCGAUCAAGCCAAUUUAGAAAAUUAUAUACAUGAUGAGUCGAAAAUGAAGACAGCAAUGUUUAGUAACCAUAAGUAUGUUCAAGCCAUGUCAGAAAUUUUACCAUGGUUGGAUAAUCGCGGUUUGCUCGACUGGAAAUAAUUUAUUUCUAAUUAAAAUUAAUAUUUUGUUUGUUUGCCAUUAUAAUUAUUAUUAUUUAUGUUGUUUUCGUAUUAAAUUUGCUGUGAUUGUAAAA